AUGAGCGGUACCCGGGGGCUCAACAACUCCCACCUGACCGACGUCGAGGGGCCCAUGUGCGCUCCGACCGAUGGAGGCGCCUCUUUUGUCCCCCGGGGGCCCGUCAAGGAUGGAUACAUAGUCUAUGUCAUCACGAGAUACAGCUCGCUGCUGUCGGUGACAGGGGUCGGGCACGUCGACGUCGUUUGA